AUGGUCCACGCAACAGGAGAAGAACGCGCUGUGAACCUAGCCCAAGAGGCUGUCGAGUUGGUCGAUGCGGGCCACCGCGAGGCUGCCUCACGCAAUCUCCGAGAAGCACUGUCCCUGGCCCCCGAGAACCCUCAAGUCAAAGCGGCCUUUUUGAAAGUUCAGCAUGAAGGCAAAGACGGCCACCAGUUGCUGGACCUUUGCCGCCGAUACGCCACCCAGAACGACGAGAAUGCUGGCAAGGAAGCCGCAGCGUACCUGCGAACAGAUGGUCUGAAGUCCCCGGAAAACGUUGGAUUGGAAUCCUUGAAACUGUUGCUCGCACAGCGACCGCCCUCUUUAUCCACGACGCAGGAUGAGAUCAUUUCCGGGCUGGUGCGACAGAAUGCCAGUGUUCGACAAUAUUUCUCAGCACAGCUUCAGAUCUCCGUGACUGCGUUUUUCGAUGACAUUUAUGACCGAGGCGAUGGAGCUGCGGUCUGUCUGGACACGGUGGUGCUGGAUCCUAGUGUGUGGCCAUCCGAGGAUGCGCGCACCCACUGCGAGAGCGAAUUGUUUCAAUUGUUCAUUGCCAAGCUGAUGGAGUCGGGCCAUGAUCUUGAUGGUCGCUCCUUGAAGGGAAUCACAAGACUACUCGCGGUCGAUGCUGACCAACUCCAACAUCUGAUUGAUGAUGAAGGAUUUGAGGUUAUUCUUUCUUCUUUGGAUUAUCGCUUGCCCUUGGAAGUGCGGAGCCAGGCGACUCUAGCCGUUGCCAAAUAUCUCGAAGUUGCCAAGGAGGCUGGCGGGAAGCAAUUCUCGGCAUUGAUCAUGUCCAUUCUUGGAAAGGGCCGCAUUGAUGAUUUGAUUGUUGCUUUCUCUGCAACAGCAGCCACCUUCCCCGUGGCACCUGUCGCAGCUGCCAGUCUCUUUUUGUCUGAAGAGUUCAUGGAAUCCCUGGCUCCAUUGGCAUCCCGAGACGCCAAAAGCAAGAAGGUCGAGGUCCCUGUACUCGAGUUGCUCAAUGCAGCAUGUAUCAACCGGCCGUGCCGUGAACUGGUAUCCAAGAGAUUUGGAGAAUGGCUGUCUCAUGUUUUGACCAACGGGAGCGAUGAAUGCUCCGAGUUGGCAGCGGUGGCUCUGGCGAAAAUCCGGGCAUCUGAGCCUGAUCAACCUUCGGCUGGCAACGGUAAGGUCUUGGAGGAAGAUAGCGAGUUUGAGCUCGUUCACCGAUUCAAGGGACUGAUGUCUGCACAAAAGGUCGAGAACAAUUCACACGCCGUUGAGGGACUAGCUUAUGCAUCGGUGAAACCGGCCGUCAAAGAACAACUUGCCAAGGACUCUACUUUUCUACGAAACCUCAUUGCGACACUGAAACAUAACACUGGAGAUUCAUCUGUUCUAUAUGGUGGGUUGAUGGUUUUCUUGAACCUCACAUCCUUUCUUCCCAAUCUAUCUGAAGAGCAAAAGAAUAUGUCCCAGCUGAAGGACUAUGCGGAUGCGUCCAAGGGAAAGCCUAGCACAGCCCCAGACAGUCGGGAUGAAGACGAGGCCGUAUUGGCGCGAUGUGCCACUGUCAUUGAUGCAGGCAUCAUGACUUUGCUGGUAGAGUGUGGUCGAAUUGCGCUACCUUCCACCAAUGAACUCACAGCCAAAAUCCUGCUGGGAUUGACAAGGCAUACCAAGUCUCGUGGUGCACUCGCUCAGCAAGGUGCAGUCAAGCUUCUCCUCGGUCUCGCGGCACCAAAACAUAGUAGCGCUGGGCCCGUCAGAAACGACACGACACGCAUCGCCUCCCAUGCGCUGGCUCGCAUCCUUAUCUCUGUUGAUCCAGCACAUGUUUUCCCAUCAUCUGGGUUCCCCCAAGUUACAUCUGCCGUUCGUCCAUUACUAUCUCUUCUCUCAUCAUCCGAGUCUCCAUCAUUUUCUGCCGACCAACCUCGUGAUUUACUUCCUAUCUUCGAGAGUCUGCUCGCUCUGACAAACCUUGCUUCAUACCCACAUGAUGACUCUGCCCCCGAACUCACCGUGCGCGAAGGUUGGUCUGCCAUUGAGGAUCUGCUUUUGUCUGGCAAUCCUCGAGUUCAACGAGCCGCAUGCGAACUGGUCUGCAACCUGAUGACCUGCGAGUCCGGUGUCAUCAAAUUCGCCGAUGGCUCCAAGGCAGCGGCUCAGCGCCUUCACAUUCUGCUGGCCCUGACUGAUGCCGACGACUUCCCUACCCGGCGAGCCGCCGGUGGAGCGCUUGCCAUGUUGACAGACUUUGAUGCCGCGAUGGCCGCCGUUUUGGAGCGGCCACGCGGCGUGGACUUGUUACUCGGGCUAUGCCAGGAAGACGACGAUGCCCUUGUUCACCGGGGUGUCGUUUGCAUCCGCAAUCUCACCUGCCUCGCAACAGGUGACAUCGGCACCCGCGCCAAAGCCGCCGUGAAAGCCGCGGGAGGGAUUGAAAUUCUCACCGCAUGUCUCAAAAAGACGUCGAACCAAGCCGUGCUACAGGCCGGGGUGGAGGCACUGAAACCCUUGAUUCAAUAG